CUUCAGUGCCUGGCCACUAAAAACAACCGUUUAGCUCUCCCAAGCCGCACAACUUCGUCAUCGUCAGCAGCUCGCGGCCAUACCUGUCAACUCCCAUCGCCCUCUGGCAGGCAAUUGGAACCAGUUCCUCAAUCAGAACAUCGGACCUCUCCCUAGGUGUAUCCGGCCAUUCACGAAGCUGGCGUGGUGUCCGUAGAUCGACCAUUAACAUGUGAAGGCUGGACCGGAGCUGGGGGGCUAAAAGCUCAUCAGCUUCUCCUUCGCUUUCCAGCAUCCACCCACUUUGCAUUUUGCGUGUGUGACGACACCACAUCGCCAUCUUCCCUCAGGAUACUCGCAAUGGCGCACAUGACCAAUCCGCUGGCCACCAUCGAACAGCUCUACCAGCGCACCUCUUCGGGCGCGCUUCCGUCAGAUCUUCAAGAUGUCGUCUUCUUCGCGACUCAGACGCUCACACAGGCGGCUGGUCUGCUUCUGCGACUACCACAGUCGGUAACAGCCUGCGCCAACGUCGUGCUCGCGCGAUAUUGGCUGGUCGAGUCGCCCCUUCUCUACGAGUUUAGCGACGCCUCAGCAACUUCUCUCUACCUCGUCGCAAAGCUGAGCUCUCACCCGUGUCCGGCGCGCGACAUCUGCAACGUCUACGCAUAUCUCCUCUCCCCGAGCUCGCGGCUAUUCCGCCCGCCGCCACCAGCAGCAAGCGGCAGCGCCGCUGCAACCGACGACCCGUCAACAUACUACCUCUCCGACACAGCUUACACGACGCGGCAGACCCAGAUGCUCAAGAUCGAGGCGCGCAUCCUCUACUCGCUGUCCUUUGACACGCACGUCGCCCUGCCCCAUCCGCUGGCAGUCACAUACCUGCAGGCCCUCGACUUUCUCGGCGGCGGCGGCGGCAGCAGCAAAACGGACAUCUCGCGCCUCGUCUGCGCGUACCUCAACACGGCCCUGCUCUCCCCGCAGAUGCUGUACCUCACGCACCAGCCCAACGCGCUCGCCGUGGCCGCGAUAUACAAUGCCGCGCGGGACCUCGGCGCGCGGAUGCCCGACGUGGCCUGGUGGGAGGUGUUUGACGUCGACCGUGAGGAGCUCGGAUUCCUGGUCGUCGGGAUGCGGAGUCUGGGUGCGUGGGUGUCGAGGCAGAAGGACGAGUUUGAAGAGGCGGGGCUCUUCGAGUCCGGGAUGGUCACGAGGGAUUUUGUUGAGCGGGAGAUGGCUAGGAGGGGUCAGGCUGGGCUGAUUCGGAACGGUGGCGGCGGCGGCAGCGGUGGCGGGCAAGAGGAGGAGGUGGACGAGGAGACCGCGAUGAUGAUGCGGAUGGACGCGAUGCCAGCGUGAAGGGAUCGUCGAAGCGAGACUUGAGGUUGAUAAUGCAGCCAUGCAUCCACAAGAGU